GGCGUUGUUCAUUCGAAUUUCAAAUUUCCCUAACGUUUAUUUCCUGUAGAAACGAAGGAUUCGAAAAUUGUGUUGGUAUUAAAGGCCUUUCGACAUAUAAUUAUUGUAAUUACGAGAAGUACCUUUAACAUCGCUUUAAUUGUAGUGGCUAUUGAUUUCAUUUUUGAGUUAAAAUACGAGAAAGAAAGUAAAGAAAUUGAAAUAUUGUUUGUUCAAGAUGACAGCCAGAGAUAUAUACUAUUCAGAGAAGUACUAUGAUGAAGAGCACGAAUACAGGCAUGUUGUGUUGCCAAAAGAAUUGGUGAAAUCGGUGCCGAAGAAUCGUCUAAUGUCUGAACAAGAAUGGCGAGAUAUUGGUGUCCAACAAAGUCAGGGAUGGGUACAUUACAUGACACAUCAACCUGAACCCCAUGUUUUGUUGUUCAAACGAAAGAAGACAACUACCCCUGUAAAGAAGUAAAGUUUUGUGAUAUAAUUAAAAGUUGUACAGUUUUUGCAUAAAAAGAUUAGUGUAAGUUUAGCCCAUGACAGAUCUUGUAAUGUUUCAAAAGAAUUCUUAUUUUUAAAAGUACAUGAAAUAAGAGCAUCUGUUAAUUCAUAUAAUAACCAAAUUAAUUAAAAAGCAAAAUAAUAACACAUAUUUUUAUAAGUAGAAAUGACAUUUAAUAGGCUCAACAGGAAAAAUAUACUAUUAUUAUUGAUUGUUUUACGGACUCUAUGGACACUGUCCAUAAAGGAUUAAAAGCAUUGGUUAUAUUGUGAUUGAAGUUGUAACAAUUUUUUGUGUAUUAUUAGGUUUGUAAUGGGUGUAAUGAUCUUCAUUCCAUACUGUUUAAGUUCAUUGGUGUAUAAUUAGUCAUUAAUAUGUAAGACUUCUAUGUUUCUGCUGUUUUUAUAUACUAAACUGUAUUGUAGUCUUCGUUAUCAGAAGUGAAGAAAGUUGUAUUUGUAAGAAAUUCCUUUGUUGAAAGAGUGUUUCAAAGGAAUUGAAAAUCUUUGUUAUGAUUGUACUAAGUAAAGCAAAUUUAAAAUUAGGUCAGGAAGUAAUUUACAGAACCUUUCUAUGCUUUUUUAUGUAAUGUUGGUAUUAUUUAAUUAAUUUGAUACUUAGCUGAGGCACCAUUCUUUACAUAAAAACUUUGUUUUAUAUGAAGUAAAUAUGUCCCUAAUCCACAUUUAAAUCAUUAAUUCAUUCAUUCUCAUUGUAAAUAAUGUAAUUGUAAUGGUCAUAUUAAUUAAUUAUCAAAAUGUCAUUAAUUGUUAAUGUGGUGUUUAUUUUUUUAACAAACUGAUAUUAAAUAAAUUAUUUGGUGCUAUGUUAAACACUUGUUUUAUUUAAAAGACUUGGGAACUAGAAAACUGAGUAUAAUAC